AUGACAGACUCUAAUUCUGUUCCGUACGCCUACACCGCGCUGCCGCCCGUUGACGUUGUCAUCGUCGGUGCUGGACUCAGCGGCCUCUCUGCGGCCAAGGAUCUUGUUGCUGCUGGAAAGUCUGUUCUUGUCUUCGAAGCACGUAACAGAGUUGGCGGUAAAGUGUAUGACCUGGACUUAGAGAACCGGCCCGGCUACAAGGUUGAGGGUGGCGCCGAGUUUGUAUGCAAAGAACAUACCAGGCUUAUGAUGUUGGCUAAAGAAUUGGGAGUGUCCACGUUCAAGACAUAUGCGGAAGGCGACAUGCUUAUGGCGACAAAAGAGGGCCGCCAGAGGUAUAACAAUGGCACUCCUCCACUUCAACAGGAGGGUAUCGCCAAAUUGGGAGAGAUUGUUAGUGCGAUAAAUCAGAUGGCCGCUGAACUCGAUGUUGAGAAGCCAUGGGCCCAUCCGAAGGCGAAGGAAUGGGAUCGCCUGACUGUGGCUUCGUGGUUGGAUGGCUGCGCAGCGGACGGCUCCGUCAGGGAGAUUUUGGAGCUAACAAUCCGAGCUUGCAUGUCAGCCGAGCCUGAAGAGAUAUUUCUGCUGAGCAACUUGAUUUAUACAGCUCGCACAGGCAGUCCGGGUGUUCCGGGGACUGUCGACAUGUUGACCAACGUGAAGGGCGGGUCACAAGAGGAGCGACUCGCAGGGCGUCUUGGGAACGGCAGAAUUCGCCUGCAGUCACCUGUCCGCCAAAUCAACUCCAAUGGAAACGUCUACACGGUUAUUGGAGACUCUUUCAGGCUUCAGGCUAGAAAGGUCAUCGUUGCAAUAGCGCCAGCCCUCGCAGGCCGUAUCAUCUACAGCCCGCCCCUUCCAGCUGUACGUGAUCAAAUGUGCCAACGAGUUCCUAUAGGCUCUCUCGGUAAAGUCUUUGCAGUUUACGAGAGUCCGUUCUGGCGUGAAGAUGAUCUCUGCGGCGAAGUCGCUAGUGUUGAUGGUAUUACGCAGUCGACGUUCAAUAGCUCUCCUUCAGAUGUAAGCUUUGGAAUUAUAAUGGGUUUCUUAGAAGCCAAUCAAAUGCGCGCUUUCGAUGAUAGUCCCGCAGAGGACAUCUAUAAAGCCGUUCUUAAGGAUUUCGUGAGAUAUUUCAGUCCUAAGGCCCAGAACGUGCAACAGUGGGUUCUUCAGCAGUAG